AUGCCCCUGCCCGAGCAGCGCCAUCACGCGGCGGCGCGCACCAACAGCCGCAGCGCGUACGAGCGGUUCGUGGCGUCCGACAUGACCACCAUCCGCGAGUGCACGCUUCGCGGCCAGUUGCAGCUGGUGGACGGCGUCACGCCCGUCGACAUCAGCCGUGAGCCGGCCAGCGAGAUCGUCAAGCGCUUCGCCACCGGCGCCAUGAGCUUCGGCAGCAUCUCGAUCGAGACGCACACCUCGCUGGCCAUCGCCAUGAACCGCGUCGGCGGCAAGUCCAACACGGGCGAGGGCGGAGAGAACUCGGACCGCUUCAUCGUCGACGACCCCAACUUCAACAAGCGCUCGGCCAUCAAGCAGGUGGCGUCGGGACGGUUCGGAGUGACGGCCACGUACCUGGCCAACGCCAACGAGCUGCAAAUCAAGAUGGCACAGGGCGCCAAGCCCGGCGAGGGAGGCGAGCUGCCCGGACACAAGGUGUCGGAGGACAUCGCGGCCACGCGCCACUCGGUGCCCGGCGUGGGUCUGAUCUCGCCGCCGCCCCACCACGACAUCUACUCGAUCGAGGACCUGGCCGAGCUCAUCUUCGACCUCAAGUCGGCCAACCCGGAGGCUCGCAUCAGCGUCAAGCUCGUCUCUGAAGUCGGCGUCGGCGUUGUGGCCAGCGGCGUCGCCAAGGGCAAGGCGGAGCACAUCACCAUCUCGGGCCACGACGGAGGCACGGGCGCCAGCAGCUGGACGGGCAUCAAGUUCGCCGGCCUACCCUGGGAGCUGGGCCUCUCGGAGACGCACCAGACGCUGACGCUCAACAACCUGCGCUCGCGGGUGGUGCUGCAGGUGGACGGACAGAUCCGCACCGGUGAGGAGCGGGUGGUGCUGCAGGUGGACGGACAGAUCCGCACCGGUUUUGACGUGCUGGUGGGCGCGAUCCUGGGCGCCGACGAGUUCGGCUUCAGCACGGCGCCGCUGAUCGCGCUCGGCUGCAUCAUGAUGCGCAAGUGCCACCUGAACACGUGCCCGGUCGGCAUCGCCACCCAGGACCCGGAGCUGCGCAAGAAGUUCGAGGGCCAGCCGGAGCACGUCAUCAACUACCUGUUCCUGCUGGCCGAGGAGGUGCGCGGCUACAUGGCCAAACUGGGCGUCACCAAGUUCAACGACCUCAUCGGCCAGACGAAGUUCUUGCGCAUGCGCGACGACCUGCCGCCGAAGACGAAGCUGCUGAACUUUGCCCGGAUCCUGCUGAACGCUCAGGAGCUGCGUCCCAACACCAGCAUACUGGGCGGGAGUGUGGCUCAGGACUUCAGACUGAGUGAGCGCAUGGAGGAGGGCAUCAUCAGCCAGUGCAUGGACGUGAUUGAAGGCAAGACGGACCAGGUGCACAUCGACAGUACCAUCUCCAACAACUGCCGCACUUUUGGAGCCACCCUCAGCUGUCGCAUCGCCAAGAAGCACAUGGACGCGGGCUUGCCGGACAACAGCAUCCAAAUCAGCCUGAAGGGCUCUGCCGGCCAGAGCUUCGGCGCUUUCUUGUCGAAGGGAGUCCACCUGACCCUGGAGGGCGACGCCAACGAUUACGUGGGCAAGGGCCUGUCCGGCGGCGAACUGACCAUCUACCCGCCGACGGGCAUGUCGGAGUCAUUCCGCUCCGACGACAACAUCAUCGUAGGCAACGUGUGCCUGUACGGAGCCACGUCCGGCCGUGCCAUGAUCCGAGGCCAGGCCGCCGAGCGCUUCUGCGUCCGGAACUCGGGCGCCACCGCCGUCAUUGAGGGUGUCGGCGACCACUGCUGCGAGUACAUGACCGGCGGCCGGGUGCUCAUCCUCGGCGCCACGGGCAGGAACUUCGCCGCCGGCAUGUCCGGAGGCAUUGCCUACGUCUUCAGCGAGGUGGCCGACGACUUCCACCAGAAGUGCAACAUGGAGAUGGUGGACCUGCUUCCCAUGGACAAGGACGAGGACAUCAUGUUCGUGGAGGCCCUGCUGCGGGAGUUUUCCGAAAAGACGGGCUCCAAGGUAGCGCUCAAAAUCCUGGAGAACUGGCCGGAGAACGCCAAGAAGUUCACCAAGGUCUUCCCGUACGAGUACCAGCGGGCCCUGCGCCAGCUGGCCGAGGCGGAGUUCAAGAAGAAGCAGCUGGAGAAGCGCAAGGAGGCCAAGACCGAGUCGGACGAGGAGCCGGACGUGCUGGACAUCGAGGACGCCAUCACCGACGCCGAGAAGGAGGCCAAGAUCCUGGUCAAGCUGGACAAGAUGAGGGGCUUUAUGAAGUACGACCGCGAGAAGGUGAUGUACCGGCCGGCGAGCGAGCGGAUGCAGGACUGGGGCGAGAUCUACAGCCACAAGUCGGUCAAGAAGGGGCUGCGCAGGCAGGCGGCUAGAUGCAUGGAGUGCGGCACCCCGAUGUGUCAGAGCACCACCGGCUGUCCGCUGGGCAACAUCAUCCCCAAGUGGAACGAUCUCGUCUACAAGGGCCUCUGGCAGGAGGCGCUGGACCAUCUGCUGCAGACCAACAACUUCCCGGAGUUCACGGGUCGCGUGUGCCCCGCUCCAUGCGAGGGCGCCUGCGUGCUGGGCAUCAUCUCGCCGCCGGUCACCAUCAAGAACAUCGAGUGUGCCAUCAUCGACCAUGGCUUUGAAAUGGGCUGGAUCCGUCCGGAGCCCCCGCUGACCCGGACCGGCCGACGCGUGGCGAUCGUGGGCGCGGGGCCGGCCGGCAUGGCCGCCGCCCACCAGCUCAACAAGGCCGGCCAUACGGCCGUCGUCAUGGAGCGGAACGACCGCAUCGGCGGCCUCCUGCAGUACGGCAUACCCUCCAUGAAGCUGGACAAGGAGGUGGUGCAGCGGCGCGUGCGCCUGCUCGAGGACGAGGGCGUCGCCUUCGUCACCAACUGCACUGUUGGUGUUGAUGUCAAGCCGAAGGAGCUGAUGGACGAGUACGACGCCACAAUUCUGUGCACGGGCGCCACGUGGCCGCGCGACCUGCCGAUCCCCGGCCGCAAGCUGGACGGCAUCCACUUCGCCAUGGAGUUCCUGGAGACGUGGCAGAAGAAGCAGAUGGGCAACGAGAUCGACGAGUCGCGCCUGCUGGCCAAGGACCGGGACGUGAUUGUGAUCGGUGGCGGCGACACGGGCAACGACUGCAUCGGCACCUCGCUGCGACAUGGAGCCCGCUCCAUCACGGCGUUCGAGAUCCUGCCGCAGCCGCCGGACACGCGCGCUCCCGACAACCCCUGGCCAGAGUGGCCCAAGGUGUUCCGGGUCGACUACGGACACGAGGAGGUCAAGACCAAGUUCGGCCACGAUCCGCGCCACUACUCCAUCAUGUCGAAGGAGUUCCUGUCGGACGACAACGGCCGGGUCUCUGGGAUCCGCACGGUCCGGGUCGACUGGGUCAAGGACGACAACGGCCGCUGGCAGCUCAAGGAGCUGCCUGACAACCGAAAGGUGUUCAAAGCGGACCUGGUGAUCCUGGCCAUGGGCUUCCUGGGCCCGGAGGCCGACAUCAUCAAGCAGAUGGAGCUGGAGCAGGACGGCCGCUCCAACAUCCGCACGCCCGACGGAAAGUACUGCACCAGCGUGCCGGGCGUGUUCGCCGCCGGAGACUGUCGGCGCGGCCAGUCGCUCAUCGUGUGGGCCAUCUCGGAGGGCCGCCAGGUGGCGCGCGAGGUGGACGAGUUCCUCUCGCAGGGGCUCACCAUGCUGCCCGGCCAGGGUGGCAUCAUCCGCAUCCCAGCACUGGGCGAGAAGAAGAAGUGGGACCCGCUCGAAGACUACGAGAUUCCCGUCUGAGUCGCGCCGCCGCCGUCGGGGCGCUCAGCGGCGCUAGUGUAGCGGGCGCGGCGCGGCUGCGCGAGGGCUCUUGGAGCAGCGCGUCGGUGAGCUUAGUUCCCCGUGGGUCGUGUUCGUGUGAGGCGCAGGGGAGGUGCAGGCUCCAUGCGGCCGGACGCCAACGUAGUGCAGUCUCGGUGCCCGCCGUGCGCCGGCUUAGAGUCGUUCGAAACGGCGCUCAGAAGUCUAGAUGUGUCGUAGCGCCUGCCCAGAUCGUACCCGCGUUGGUAAGGUUUCCGUGAUGAGCGUUGCCAUGGUCACCAAGCGAGGCCACCGACGGUGAUGGGAGGCGUCGGCUCACUGAGCAUUGCUUCCGAGUUUGGUGUGGCCGGAUAGUCUCUCCGAUUUGCUGCGUUUCAGUCCACGGCUGCGGUGAUUGAUGGCCGGUGUUGACCUUCGUGUGAGCGCGCGGAAAGCAUGGGAUGCGUCAAGCACGUCCACGGUUUUGGGCAGUAGUGCAGCCGCUUUAUAUUACGAAUAAACGGUUUCUCGUCACUGCA